GGCCCGCCGGCGCCGCGUUCUCCACCGGCCUUGGGAGAUGGCAGCUCAAAAAAUAAACGAAGGCCUGGAGCACCUUGCCAAAGCAGAGAAAUACCUGAAAACCGGUUUUUUAAAAUGGAAGCCAGAUUAUGACAGUGCUGCUUCUGAAUAUGGAAAAGCAGCUGUCGCUUUUAAAAAUGCCAAGCAGUUUGAUCAAGCAAAAGAUGCCUGUCUGAGAGAAGCUUGUGCACAUGAGAAUAACAGGGCUCUUUUUCAUGCUGCUAAAGCUUAUGAGCAAGCUGGCAUGAUGUUGAAGGAGAUGCAGAGACUCCCAGAAGCCGUUCAGCUGAUUGAGAAAGCUAGCAUGAUGUACUUGGAAAACGGCACCCCCGACACAGCAGCCAUGGCACUAGAACGAGCCGGGAAGCUUAUAGAAAAUGUAGAUCCAGAAAAGGCUGUACAAUUGUAUCAACAAACAGCUAAUGUAUUUGAAAAUGAGGAACGCUUACGCCAGGCAGUUGAAUUACUAGGGAAAGCCUCAAGAUUGCUAGUCCGAGGGCGCAGGUUUGAUGAGGCGGCACACUCUAUUCAGAAAGAAAAAAAUAUUUAUAAAGAAAUUGAGAAUUACCCAACUUGUUAUAAGAAAACAAUUGCUCAAGUCCUAGUUCAUCUACACAGAAAUGACUACGUGGCUGCAGAAAGAUGUGUCAGGGAGAGCUAUAGCAUACCAGGGUUCAACGGAAGUGAAGACUGUGCUGCGCUAGAACAACUUCUCGAAGGGUAUGACCAGCAAGAUCAAGAUCAAGUGUCAGAGGUCUGCAACUCUCCGCUUUUUAAGUACAUGGACAAUGAUUAUGCGAAACUGGGCCUGAGUUUGGUGGUCCCAGGAGGGGGAGUCAAGAAGAAGUCACCAGCCACACCACAGGCCCAGCCUGAUGGCACCGCAGCCACGGAGGAAGAGGAUGAUGAGUAUUCAGGAGGACUGUGCUAGCAUUUUACUCGGAAAAAAGAAAAGAAAAAUUCGGAUAUGCUCUUCCAUGAACUUGGAACUUUGGGAAUUCCAUUCUUCAUGAAGACUGUAUUUAUUGCUGCUUUCCCCCAAGUCACCCGACAUCUGCUAGCAAGGAAGCAGUUUUUUUCUUUUUGUGAUGUUUGCUAAGACAGCUCCAAGAAUCAACAGAAAAAUGUUUCAAUUUAGGGUGUUGUUUCCAUUUAGCAAAACAAAGUGACACUUCUCAAACUCAACUCAAAACUAACUAAGUAGAAGCUAUGCAUUCUAUGGAACAGUAAAUGUUUUCAUUAAUCCUGAUAAAUAAAUUUCUUUCUUCCAAAA